AUGGAGCCCGAGGCGGCAGUGAUGGCGGAGAAGGCAGCUCUGCGCACCCCCAAGUGCUCCCGCUGCCGGAACCAUGGCUUUGUGGUGCCAGUGAAGGGCCAUACGGGCCACUGCCGCUGGAAGCUCUGCCCCUGCGACAAGUGUGCACUCAUCACAGAGCGCCAGAAGAUCAUGGCGGCUCAGAAGGCGAUGCAGGGGCAGGACCCGGAUGCCCCACCCAGGGAGACGUCUCCGCCUGCGGCCUGCACCCCGGUUCAUGGUAAAGGUCGGAAGGUUCCUGCAGUUGGCCCCAACGCCUCUGAACACAGCAGCCACGUGGCCGGGUGUGAAGGAGCCAAGACCGCCCCAGCAGCCAGCAGCAGCAACAGAACCAGGACCCGCCGGGCACUACCUGCUCCCAGCUCCCCGCUCUUCGGGGACUUCGCCCGUCCUGCUUUGCCUCAAGAAUGUGUUGUCAGCCCGGAAUACCUGGAGAGAGAACCUCCAAAAUUGUAUCCCGGGUACUCUGGUAUGUACUCAUACCACCCAUUCCCCAUGGGCUUUGCCAUCAAUCAGCCAAGCUGCAGGGGAGCUCCAGGGAUCCCCCUUCAAAGAGGUUUCGGACAUGUCCCUAGCAACCAUGGACCAGGGAGUGCUGCUCCUCUGUCAAUGCAAGAUGCAGGUGGAGAUUUCCAACAAGGUUACUACCCUACGCUUCCUCAGUUUAUACCUCCGGGCUUUCUGCCAGGGAUUCACUACAUUCCACCACCCCUUCCACUUCUGGCUGAAACACCCAAGGAAGCAUCUGCUGGCACCACUGAUAGCCGGGAUUCUGGGGUGAUUUGUGAAUGCAGCCAGCCAUCUCCUCAGGAAGAAACCAAUGGAGACCAUGCCACGUAUUCCAAACAUUAAAUGUAUGUACGUGUACUAGGGGACAGCUGCAGAGCAUGCAGCACUCUCUCUCAGAGAGAAUAUCAUUAGUUAAUUUUGGGCUAGAUUGACACUAGCCCUAAUGCAGCCACACAGGGCAGAAGAGGGGAGUAAGCCCCCUACGUCACUUCACAGUUGCAUUAGGGCUACUAGAAACACAGUUCUGGCUCCCUUGCAGUGUACAGCCCCAGGGCUGCCAUUGCUUCACUGGCUCCUACCUUACCAACUGGCAAAGCUUUUCCAGGGCUACAGUAAAUUAUUCCCUUCUGGAGCAAGUGGAGAUGAGGGGAGGAAUUGUGACUUCAAGGUACAGUUCCUUCCCUGAGGCUUGUCUACACUAUAGGUUAUGUCAGUAUUAACUUAUGGUGCUCAGGGGUGUGAAUAAGCCACUCCCCCGAGCAAUGUAAAUGAUACCGAUGUAAGUGCCAGUGUGGACAGCGCUAUGUCGCAGGAGAACUUCUCCUGCCGACACAGCUUCUGCCGCUCACGGAGGUGGUUUUAUUGUGCUGAUGGGAGAGUUCCCUCCCAUCAGCACAGAGCAUCUUCACCAGACGCAGUGCAGCUGCGCUGCUAUAGUGCUUCUAGUGGAGAUCAGCUCUUAGUGACACCCCGUGGUUGGGGGCUGAGCAUAAAGGCUCAAUCUAGCCCUUUUAUGUUUAAGGCAUUGUUCAAAAGUGUGUUGUUUGUAGGUCUGUUUGCUACCAUGAAAAGCUAGUUCUGAAUAUUGUGGAACAGUUAAGUGAUGGGAUUUAGUGCCCGAAAAUUAAGUGAUGGCAAGAGGAAGGAAGGUUUUGGCAGCUGAUACAUGUAACAGAGUCAGGGCUUGAUACACUGGAGUUCAGGUGGGCUUUGGAAGCUGGAAGCAUAAUAGGUUAGGGGCACUUGUCAGUGAAAGUAGUUUUGUGGAGAGUCUGAUCUUCUAUACUGGCAUCCAGUGCCCCUUCAUCACCGUCCAGAUGAACGCCAGGCCCUGCUGCCUUUACAGGGCACCUUCACUUUAAAUUGUGAGCAUCAUAGCACAUAGUUAAGUCUGGUCACUCAAUCUCCAGGAUUUUGUGUGCCCGAGACACCCUGUACAUCCAUGGAAACAUGCUAUGCUGGGAGCCCACACAGUGGAAGCUAGACACCAAAUUUGAUUUAUGGGGUGUGUCUGGGUUGCCCGAUAUAAAUGGAUUGGAAUUGCAUGGUGAAUUCCAUAAAAUGUGGAGAGAUUACUUAGCCAACUGGUUAUGAAGUAACUAGGGCAAAACACCAGUUUCAAUAAUAAAUCAACUAAACCACAACAUAUUAUCAUCUAUGGACAAUAAUGUUUGAAUAAUAGUGAAUGGAGUAUUCUGAUUUCUGUACUUUCUUAAGAAAAUGUGUUUUGUAGUAAGUAGAUCAGUUGUUAGUGUUUGAAUUGAUUUUGCACAAUUAAACGUGAUACAUUAAAAUGUCUGUUCUGUACUUAAGUUUUGAAGCUUGUAUAUUUAUAAAUAAUUCCUCUAGGCAACUUUCAAACGUUCCAAAGAACAAUUCUAUAUAACAAAUCAGCCUACAAUGCUAUUUAGACUUGGAAAUGUUGCUUCUGCAGUCUUUAAAUGCUAUUAUAGAAGUGAAAAAAAAGAAGGCAAGAUAAACACUCCAUUUCUUCUGUUUGGUACAUAUGCUAACAAUCUUUUGCUAAAUGAGAGAUUUAAAGAAACUCAAUUCAACUGCAAAAUCACUUUAGUUU